UAUUGGACUUAACUGACAAGGCGCGAGGGUCGUCACUUUUUUCCAUGCCAACUAGGAGCAAAGGUGGCUUUGAGCCGUUUAGUGAUUCUACGCGGUUAAAAAAUAGUUUGGUUACGUUAAUGAAAGAGACAGAUGCGUUUUUACACACACAAAAGGUGUAGCACUCUGGAAAAAAAUGAAGAAAAGUAGUAAGGUGUUUAACUCAUCUUCUCGAGCAAUGAAUACUUCAGUUGCAGGAGUUCAUCAAGUCAGCCAAAGUUCAAGACACAAGUGGAGCUUCGCAGGUUCACAAACCCGAAGAAGUUCCAUCUUGGUCGGUGGCAGCAACAGGAAACGUAACAUCCUCGAUAGGAACGCCAGUCAAGCUCCUAGAAGACCAGUUCGGGUGUUGGACAAUGAUGGCAAUGACGUCACUCCUCUGCCCCUGUAUCAUGCAGAGCCAGGAGACAUGCCUUCCAAACCAGGCAGAUUCUUGGAUGAAAUCUUUUCCAACUCAGAAUCAGACCACUUGAAAUCAACUUCAAGCUUCAAUAUGCGCUCUUUUAGCUCAUUUAUGGGUAGCAGCCUACCAUCCAGCCUUUCUACCACAGCGUCAAUGACUAAGGGGACUGAGGAUAGUGUUCCUAAACUGGACAUACCAAUAAUCCCUCCACCUCCAUGCGGACAGAGGAAAAGAGACAAUGUGAAACAACAUGUAACAGAAGAGAUGUUGGAUGAUGUAGUAGACGUCUACCUCGCUCAGACAGAUACCUUUUCACUGUUUGACAUGCCACCCCUCGUCUUUAUGUCAGAGGAUGCUGAGGAUACAAAAGCCAUUAAAGAGAGAAACCUUCAAUAUGCCGAACUCUGCAAGAACAGAAUGGGCAACGAUAAGUAUGUGGAACGAUCAAUGCAGACAUUCAAUGGAGCACUUAAAGAAAAACAGAUCCAGACCGACAAGAUUGUCAUGGUGGAUGAAGGCACAUUCGCUACUAUCUGGGAUAUCUAUGACUCUUUCUGUGACCAAAACAAAAACCCUAAAAGUGGGAAGGCUAACAAUCCAGAGACUACCGUGAACACCAGCAAAGGUCAGGAGAAGAGAGGAGAGAAGAGCAGCAGCUCAGUCAGCAUAGGCAGCACCAUUGGCUCAGAAAUGGAAACGUGUCGGAGCAGUUUAAAUGCUGAGUCCAACCUAGAGCUGAUCAUGUUGACAGAGUCAUUCCAACACAGCUUAUUAGUGAUGGAGAGGAGCAUCGUGGCAAACCUCUUUCAACCCAAGCUGGCUGCUUAUAGGCAGCUUCCCAUAAUAAAAGACCCUGACAGCACGGUGAAGCCUGGGACCGAGGAAAAGGGCGAGGAGGGUGAGGAGAGCUCUUCAUCUCCAACUCUGGAACGUCUCUGGGCUUUCAGCUGCGAGCUCACUAGAGGAUUGAACAUUACCUGUAUGGUCUGGAACAAGGAGAACCCGGAUCUCCUGGCAGUGGCAUACGGUGACUGUGACUCCACCAACCAGAAACCAAGUUUGAUCUGCUGCUGGUCCCUCAAAAACCCUAUGUGGCCAGAGCGAGUAUUCCACUGUCCUAGUUGUGUGACAUCCCUGGAUUUCUCAGCCAACAACCCCAACCAGCUGGCUGUGGGGAUGUACGAUGGCACUAUAGCCAUUUACAGUGUCCGGAGUCGGAACAACAUUCAUUGCAUUGCCAACAGCAGCGAGUGUUCCAAAAGGCACCUGAAACCAGUGUGGCAAGUCAACUGGAGCAAACAAGAGAUUACAUUGUCAGGGGAGGACAGGGUAGAAGCGCUCAUCGCUGUGUCGGCAGAUGGCAGGAUUACCAAGUGGCUCCUCUGCAGCAAUGGCCUUGAGUGUAUAGACUUGAUGAAGCUAAAGAAGACUCAAACUUCUAAGAAGAAAGCUGUAGAAAGCAAGAAGAAGACAGAACAUAUGGGUUCAGCACUGACUCCUGGUCUUUGUAUUGACUUCCAUCCAACAGAUUCCAGUAUGUAUCUGGUUGGCACAUGGGAGGGCCUCAUCCAAAAGUGCUCCGUCUCCAACAGUCACAAUGUUCUGGAGACUUACCAAAAUCACUUCUGCCCUGUAAACAGCAUUGAAUGGUCUCCAUUUAGCCCUGAUGUGUUCCUGAGCUGCUCCUCUGACUGGACCAUCCAGCUGUGGAAGCAGGAACACCUUACCCCUGUGUUGAGCUUUACAUCCCCCCAGAGGGCCGUGAAUGCCGUCAGGUGGUCCCCAAACUGGUCCACAAUAUUUGCGGCCAUUAAUGGACUGCAGGUGGAGAUCUGGGACCUGAAUUUAAGCGUCCUGCACCCAACCAUUGUGCACCAGGCUGCACCUGAUGUGACUGUUACGUCCGUGCUGUUUGCCAGAGGGACAGACUGUGUCUUGGUAGGGGACAGUGAAGGCCAAGUGACUGUCUACCAGCUCAAAAACCUCAGUGUCGGACAAGGCAAGCAGGUGGACAGCUUGGAAGACAUCAUUGGCUCUGCAGUUUCCAACUUUUAAACUGCAAUGUAAAAGUUUCAAUCCAUUGCUAUUGUAAAAAGAUCAAACUGUUUACUUGUAACAAGGCAGGUCUUUUAUUAUUUGAAAACCACUUAACGUUUGUUGUAUCUUAUCUUAGUUAAUUGUAUUACGGUAGUUUAAUUAUUGCCAGUUAUUUUGGAAAUUGAAAAAAAGUCUAUAAAAGUACAAAUGAAAUAAAUGUUUCAUUCAAUGUUUCA